AUGGCCUUCAUCAACGGUCGCCUGAAACCGGAGGGCGAGGACCGUUACAACUCGCACCGGCCGUGGAUGUGGCCCUUCUGCCUCAAGUCUCAAGUUUGGUUUGAUGUUGCCUUCCGCAUCGUGCUGCUGGGAAAUCCUAUAAUUUUCUGGAUUAAUCUGGUGUUCCUGAUGGUUGUCCCCGGCCUCAUCAUUGCUCACUACUACCGGCUGAAGCGAGGUCACACUGACAGGCCGCAAGUCAGAGAACGAAAAGAGAGGAUGAUAUUUGCCUGCAAGUGGCUCUUCCUGGCCUACCUCUUCCACUACAUCCCCUUUUACACUAUGGACCGCAUUCUUUACUACCAUCACUACUUCCCUGCCCUCCAGUUCUCUUCCAUGCUAACAGCCGUAGUAUUUGGUUAUGUACUUGAAUCACUGGAUACCUGGUUACCUAUAAGGAAAGCACGUCUAGCUUUCCACUGGGCCACUGGAGUUUUCUUUGCCAUUGUCCUCUACAGCUUCCACUUGUACUGUUAUGUCGGAUAUGGACACCCAACUGUCAGUGGCUUCAACCCUGACAAUUCCACUUUCAGAAAUAUUAGAUUCUUUGAUUCUUGGGAAAUUUAGGAACUAAAAGAUACCAUCAUAUAGAUUUAUAUUUAGUUAAAAGCAUAAGCAUUGUUAUAUAGUGAUAUAAGGGCAUUUUGUAAUUGUUUUGUAUGUGGGAUUUUUUUAUUACUUGCGUUGCCAUAUAACUGCCAUCCAAGACUAACUGUGAGUGUAUGAAAUAAAUGUGAUACUAUAUU